CUGCCACCACAUACAUAAUCUACGCUUCGUUACAGCCUACAAAGCAAAUGUGAUACUUCGCCAUUCAACCCGCCAUGGAUGUCCUGCCUCCCCCAAACUACCCUCCAGUUCACCCGAGCGAAUACCCCCAAAUUCCAACUCGAACACCUCCGGCGACGCUUGAAAUAGCGCGUGCUUGUUGUGUCAGUGGUGAUAUCCAGGAAUUUCGAGCGAUCCUGGACUCACAAGAUCCUUCUUCGGAGAAUUUUGACAUACACGACUUUCAUGCGAUAAUGGUCGAAGCCAUCAAUCGAGCCGACGUGCAGUUCAUCAAAGAACUUCUUGAUCAUGGCUUGCCCAUGGAUCCACUCUAUGCAUUGGAAGCUGUCAGCACCAAGAGGAAGGAUGCUCUGGAAGUUUUCCUUCAAAACGGAUGGAAUAUCAACCAGCCCAUCAGCGAGCUGGAACCUCCUGUACUAGGUUAUGCCGUUGCAGAUGAGGGAAUGGUAGGUUGGCUUCUUGAUCAUGGAGCUAAUCCCAAUCAGCAAUGUGUCAUUGAUUUCACCCCACUUUCCCGAGCUGUAGAAUCUGCGCCUAUAUCAGUCAUCCAGCUCAUGCUCAGACGUGGCGGAGACGCUCGAAAAGGACAACUCCUCCAUCACGCAAUCGCACGGAACUCAGAUAGCAUUGCGGUACUGAAUCUUCUCAUUGAAAAGGGGGCCGAUAUCAAUUCAACUAUGUACAAUGAUUACCCUUCUUGGGCGCUUUUCUUCUUUAUGGGCCUCGGCACGGCUCUGCACAAAGCAGCUGAACUUGGCAAAGUGGAUAUAGUUCGCUACUUGAUCAGUAAAGGAGCCGAUCUGGAUAUCAAAGAUGCAAAUGGUCGCACAGCUCUGGAGUGUGCGAAGAUGUCAAAUCACUCUGAAGUCAUCCAGGCACUUGAGAAAGAUAACGGCUUGUCAAUACAAGAUGCAUGAAUUCAUCGUGUCUCGAUUUGCGUCAACCACCAAAUUUCUGUUGCAUUCAAAAAUUGUAUCGGCCUGCUGUGCACUUAUGAUCAGGCAUGAUUAUCUUUAAGACCUAUCAAAUAAUAGUCAUUAUUAUGUAGUAGACACAACCCGCAAGAUCAGGUAACACUAGCUUCGCGUGAAAUGUCCAGAUUUUCUUUCAUUGGCUG